GACGCUGCGGACAUGAACUGAAAAGACACACUGGAAGAGGCAGGGACCGAGUUCCUAUAUCCCGAAAACUGCCCGUAAAGGUGGAAAAAACCAGCCCCCUCCACACCCUCCUCUCUCCCCUCUGACAGUUCAGAUAGUGCUACACCCAAAGCCCCGAUCGACCCCUCCUGCUGCUCCACCCCUCCGCCGCCGCACCGCUCUGGCAACCGAGAUGCACACGGAGACCCGUAACAAGACAUGCCAGUCGACUCCAAAGCAGAAGAAGAACGCCGUCAGCGGCCAGAAGAAGCAGAGGAGCUUGGCCAAGAAGAGAGCCCUGACCCGUCAGCCGCAGCAGCCGACAUUAACCCUAAAGGAGGAGGAGACAGAGGAGCUGGCGACCGGGCCUCGACCGCCACACCGCAAGGAGGAGGAAGCGGGCGAGGAGAAGCUGAAAGAGGUGGCGGCGUUGUUCGUUGGGGUGAAGGAAGAGGAUCCAGAAGAGGAGAGGGACAUGCCUUCAGUACAGAUCAAACCAGAGCCAGAGGAGAUGGAGUGCACGCAGGCGGACGUAGGUGAUGACUGCUUGCAGCCGACAGACCUGAAGGUGAAGUCAGAGUUCAAGGUGGAGCCCUCGUCACCUAACUCGAGCCCCACCGAGGACCAGACCGAACCCGUCGACUUGUCUCUCAACAAGCCUCGCUCCUCUUCCACAACAAACACUACGGUCAACCCCGCACCCAGCAGCACUACGGCCCAGCCCGGCCUUUCAGCCACGCCGGUCCCCUCUUCGGUACAGUCCAUAGGCUCUAUGGUCCUCUCACCAGGCUCCAUUUUGGCCACACAGGGUGCCGGGGGCCAGCAGAUCCUCCAUGUCAUCCAUACAAUCCCCUCAGUCAGCAUGCCGAGCAAGGUGGGCCAGCUGCAGACUAUACCUGUGGUGGUGCAGUCGCUGCCUGUUGUCUACACCACCAUGCCAACAGACGGCGUUGCCACAGCAGCCAUCACGGUGCCGCUCAUAGGCAGCGAUGGGCGGUCUGAAGGAUCUGUUCGUAUUAAACCGGGCUCGACGUCUCCGGUGGAGUACCAGAGUGACAGCGACGCAGAGAGCGGUACUGAGUCCGGGUCGGCCUCCCUCAGCGCCCAAAGCCUCGACGCAGGGUCAAUCAUGGAUCUGGAGCCCGUCGAUCCCGACACGCUAGACCUCAAGAGGCGGCGGAUCCACAUGUGUGAUUAUGAAGGCUGUAAAAAGGUUUACACCAAGAGCUCCCACCUCAAAGCCCACAGGAGGAUACACACGGGAGAGAAGCCGUACCACUGUACCUGGGAGGGCUGCACCUGGCGCUUCGCCCGCUCCGACGAGCUCACCCGACACUUCCGCAAGCACACAGGAAUCAAACCUUUCCGCUGCACUGAGUGCGAUCGCUCCUUCUCCCGGUCCGACCACCUCUCUCUGCACCGCCGUCGCCACGUGAUGAUGUGAAAACCCCUCCGACCCCUCGGGUUCUCCAGGUCCGACCGUCUUGCACCGAAGCCCCGAGCCUCUUUAAUCCUGCCGGAUUUUAAACCCAGUCUGCAGCUGAGGAGAGGGACGUUUCCCGCUUGUCUCCAUGCUGAAACCAGAGCAUAAAUGGGACUGUGUCUGUGCGUUUGUGUUCAUGCAUGGUGGGAAUAAUAAUUAUCAUCACGGCUCAACCCCAGAGUUCCUCCAUUGUCCUGAACUCAGUUUGCAGAGUUGGAGGGAAAAGGAUGGACCGACUCAGCAGCAGGGACGCUCAAAAAUCCAUCCAUCCAUCCUUCAAUCCAUCCAAAGGAGGAGAACGGGACGCCUGUUGGUUUUAAAUUCUUAUUUUAUUUGAACAUGGACGUCACUUCAGCUGCUCUUCUCCUCGUUAAAUGUUUAAUUCUGGGGAUUUUCAGAGUCCACCAGGAGACCACGGAGCAGGAAUCGCUCCAAACAAACAGCAAAGGAACCUUUGUGGACGCCGAGUCCGAUUUUUUUUUUUUGUCUUUGGUGAAAAAUUUCAUGAAAUUUUCAACAGAUGAUUCAAAAACUUUGCAAAUAAACGUUCUGCUUUUACCAGACCAGAGGGAGAGCUGACACUCAGGAGAACGGCUGCAAACGGAAAAAAGUCAAUUCACUUCAAAUCCUCACCUGUUUUAGGUAAAUACUUGUUAAAAACUCACGUUUGUCGAAAUUCUGGGGUUAUUAAGGAAAUCAAAUGCGGAAUUGGGAAGUGGUUUGGUGCUCUGGAAAGUCAGAGGCGGAUUUAGAUUUGGAUCGGCCCUUCGUGGGAUUCCAUGAAGGGAAUUUGUUUUUCAGCAGCUGAAGUGACGUCGGGAUAAAACAUGGAGCUACGAGACUGUGAACUUCAUAAAGACUCGCUUAAAAAUGUUUUAGUGUAUUGGUCCCACUGUUGUGUUUCACACACACACACACACACACACACACACACACACACACACACACACACACACACACACACACACACACACACACACACACACACACCGUUUUGAUGACAGUAUUUGCUUUGUAAGCGUCGCCGUUGGUGUUUUUUUCAUAGGACGGCCUCCGGUGCACCCGCUUUUGUUUCUGCCACCUCUGAAUAGGAUGGCGUCUUUUUUUUUUAAAUCAAAAACAAAAAAAAGUCCUUUGGUUGUUUUCUGAGGCUGUGAAAAAGUUUCUUUUUUUUCCAUGCAGGGAAGAGCGGGAGCUUUUGUGUGUGUUUGUGUGAGUUUUGAGACAAGAACACAUAAUCUAAGGGUUUUUAUGAGUGUGUGUGUGUUCCGGGCACGUGUUGUUCUUUUACCUCUGGCCCGUUGAGCCUUAAUAAGUCUGUAAGGGCGAAACCAGAACCACAGAGAGACGACGGAACUGGGAUCACGACAAGAACAGAUUUAGAGAAUCCCUUUUUCUUUCCACUACAUUUAGAACGUGAGGGUUAUCUCUGGGAAUCUCUGGAAGUCGACGGCGUGAGGAUGUUCUAACAAAACGUUCUGAGUCAAAAAUCAGCUACUCCCAGACAGCCAGCUGUGGAAAAACCGUUCGUUCUGGUUUAGAAAAGGUGAGAUCCAGAAAUCCAAGUUCCGGGUCGACUCUCUGUGGUUCUGGGGGAAACUAGGCACUGUGUCGGGCUGUCAGGGUCCAUCAUGCCUGCGGGUUUUAAACUAAAGCGCUCUCGUCACUGGCAUUUCCACAACGGGGGUCGAUUCUCUCAGAAACAGUUCCUAAUGCUUCAUGUCCGUGCUGACCUUCGACCCGAUCAGCACAACCUUCAGAUGCUUGGGAGCAGAACCGACCCCCCCCCCCCCCCCCCCCCCCCCCCCUCUGGCCCUGCUCCCUGACCCACAGUGUCCACGUCUUAAGUGGGCUGCUUUUCAGCCCCCGAUCCAGGCGAAACUUGAUUAUGCAACAAAACGCAGACCUCGCUCCACGUGCUGCUCUGGUCUCAGUAGUAGAGCUCUAGCUGGUCGUCGGACCUCCCAGGAACCUCAGAGAGAUGUUGGCUGCUUUGAUCUCAGAGCCAAGCCAGAAAAACUGAAAGCAGAUUUACGAGAACCGCAAACAGGAACUUGCACAAACUCAACCCUUAAAGGAGUAUUUUAUGGAAGAAAUUGUGAGACUUUUUUUAGACAUUGAAUUAAUGACACUGAGUGAAAUAACAUUAAAAAAAUCGGAAUCUUGAGGAUUAUCAUCAUCAGGAUUGAUGGGCUAACGGCUAGUCAGACUGUAAACGCUCAACUCUUGUGCAAAUGUAAAAUUUUACAGCUUUAUUUUACAGUUAUUUAACUUUGUUUUUAUUUCCACCAGGAAACGGGGAGAUUACUGUAUUUGAUGUAUUUUACUGUAAAACAUUUACGCCGUUGAAUAAUCCGACAAUUCCACAUAAAUAACUCGACAAUGGUGUAAAGGUUUAUUAUUGCAUGAACUGCAACACACUCUGAUUUGACUGCGCUCAGACUAGCUGUUAGCUCAAUGCGGAACUAAAACUCCAUUUCUCUGAACUGAGGCUUGUCAGGAAGCCAUCUAAUGGGUUAGAUGGGAAGUUUUACACAAAAACGAGUCAAAGUGACCAGAAUUCCCUUUAGUUGUUGAUCAGAUGAAUUGUUUUUCAUCUUCCUGGUGUGUUCCUCUGAGCGAGGAGCUAAAUGUGGGUAAGGUGCAGAUGCAGGCGUCCUGUGAGCCGGGUGCACGCCAAAACGAAGGCAGGUUGUUUUCUGGUCCAUCGAUUUAUGAGCUUUUAUUCCUCUAGAGGGGUUAGGAGCAGCUUUAGACCAACUUCUACCUGCAGACUUUCUUUUCGGGUGGAUUUUGUUCUUUUGAGCUGUGCCGAGCAGCAACGCCAUGUCUCCUGAUUGCCCCCGCGCGCUUCAAGAUAACAGAAGUUACUAAGCACAUCUUUCUAGCAGAGUAUAUGCAUUUGAUUGCAAGUUUCUUUCUUUUUUAACUGUUGAUAAAGACGUUAAGAACAAAUAAUUAAAAUAGAUCCAUGUAAAUAAAUGUAAAUAAUCAAAAAGUGCAGAGUUAAUGUAACGGGUGAAUUUCUAUUUUUAACACUGACUAGAAAAUGUGAAAAAGUCUUCUUCCUUUGUUGGUUUGAUGAAAAAUGUUUUGUUUUUCUCCAGAUCUAAUUCAUUUGUUUUGUAGUUUCUUAAAAAAAGAAAACGACCCCACUUGUGUUGUGCAAACUUGUGUUGCAUGGAAACAACCUUGUUUUUUCCUUUUAGUGAUGUGUGUGUGUGGGUGUGUGUGUGUGUGUGUGUGUGAGAGAGAGAGAGAAAGGGGUCCCUAAAGGCUGAUGAUCCAACUGGGGGAAAAGUAGUUUUUAUUAAAUUCAACAGGGUUUUAUUUUACUCUUUUAAGCUAAGAGAGCUUGUUACGUCGUCACCGGACCUGGUUCUAAUUCUUGGUGCGACGUUUAAUUUGUGUCUGGUCUGAAAGCAAAAACCGGAACAGGAAGUGGCUGAAAACUAAAGCAGUUUCUACUUUUUUAAAGAGCAUUUCAGAAGAAACCAAGCAUAGAAAUGUUAAAGCACGUUUCUUCUGAGCAAAACCACGAUUCAAGUUAGAUUUUAGCUAGGAGAGGAGCUGCUUCCUGGUAGCAUUAGAGCUCUUCCAUCGGCACCGAGUCUCUUCAUCGUAAAUGCAUCAAACAGAAAAAUAUUUCAAAGCAUUUUUUAAAGAUUUUCCAAAGCUAACAGCUUGUUAGUGACCGCGGACCUUUCCAUUUCAGCUCAGAACUUUAUUUAUUUGGUGUUUACUACAAAGAAGUGUCAAACAAAGUCGUUGUUCCUACUAUAACAAGAUCCAACAUGGCUGCCAAAAUGUUUAUGAAAUAUUUGGUCAGCUUGUAGCUAAUUAAAUUAGCAACACUAAAAAUGUUCAAAAUCUGACAGUUAUGUUUCAUUUCUGCGUUUUCUCAUCAAGUUUAUUCACUUUUGUUGCUAAAUCAAACAAAAUGGUUCAUUAAUUCCUUUUAUUACAAGUUUCGACGUUUGAGGCUAAUUUAAUGCCGCGUAAUCCUCAAAAACACAGGAUUUACCGACUUUCACUUGUGUUUACUCAAACUGUGUCUGGAAACUUUUUAAGUUGUCCUCAGCGAUAUUGGAGCGUCUUUUGUUUUCUGUUCAGGCUACUUUCAUCCCUACGAGCCAGAAGUUUGAAUUGUGUUCAUCUCCAGAACUUCCAUCCAAAGUCAGAUGUUUGUGUGAUUUUUUUCUGUUUAAAGGUGAAGAUGAAGCCCUCGUUUGCAGAAAUUUCACAUAAAAGUAUCAAAACAGCCUUUAACCACUAAAUCUUGUCAGUCAAAAUUUAACCAACCCUUAAAAAUGUCAUUUGGAUCGUGAAUAACCUUGAAUGUCUUUCAUUUAUCCCACGUAGGAGCAGAUAUUAGUAAAAUAAUCUGCUGAUUAAAUCAAAUAAAAAAUCAGCAGCUUCUUUAUUUUAAACAAAUUCCUAAAGGAUAAACCCACAGAGUUGGACGAUGGGGAGUCAGUACCCAGAAGAACCUGCUGAUGAAGACCCAGAGAAAUCUGUUUGGUGCCAGAGUUCAAACGUGCUCUUUAUUUGUUCUUGCUUCUGGUUGUUUGUAUUUGUUCAGUAUUUGUUUUGCUGUACAGCAGGAAUGUUGACAUGAGAAGUUUUAUUCCUGCUGAGACCUUAAGAGGACAGAGUUCGUGUCCCUGAGGGACGCCCUGACUGUCCGUCUGCGUGCGAGUGCCUCGACUCGCCACCACUCGCUUCUUCUGCAAAAUACCGAAACCCGCUGGUAUUUUCUAAUGAAUGCGUUAACUUUUGGGCCAGUAGUGUAUUUACUCAGUGCAAUGUACUUAUCAUAAUAAUACAACUAUUAAUAAUAUUUUUUCUGUUUUUUAAUUUGUACAGAACAAAUGUGUGAAGAUCAGCGAGAACGUGAGCUUUUUGAUAUGGUGACUCAUGGUGUUUAAAAGUCAGUUUCUCCUGUACAGUUGUGAUUAUUUCAGCCCCACCCCUCAGUCUCCUUUUAUAGAAUAAAACAUGUUUUUGGUGCAAUUUAA